ACUCACACAUGCAUACUCACCCAUACACCAGCCAGCAUGCAUACACCCCCACGCACACACACACACACUUGCACGUAUACUCACACACAGGAAACUCUCUCUCUCAGCUAACCUGACAUUUGCGCUUCUAAGGGACGUGAGAAGAUGAACUUCCAAAUUGCUUCGGGUUUUUUGUGUCUUUAUAUUCUUGGUUUAACUGCAUCCGAAGAAUGUGUAAACAAAUAUGUAGGAGAAUCCUAUACGUUUAAAUUAAAUUCACCUCAACAAGAUGGAGAUAUGCUGAUCUGGAAAUGUGAAGACAAGAUCAUUUAUAAACGGAGGAGGGGAAAGGCUGAACCAAAAGCAAAUGUGGAUGUCCAAGGCUCCCUUACACUGACAAAUAUUUCCAAGUCAAUGAAUUGUACAUACAAAGCUGAACACCACGAUAGUGAUGGGAAAGCACUUAAAACACGCUCCGAGAGUCUCUGUGUGUUCUCCAAGAUUCCAGACCCAAAGUUGGAAGUGAAAUGUUCAUCAGGUAUGGUGGCCCUGCAGUGUGGUCCUAGCCUUCCUGAGGGCAUCACACUGACAUGGUUAAAAAAUAACAAUGAGAUGAAAAAUGAGAAAUCUAACCCUCUAAAACCUCAGAAGCCUGGAGUAAAGGAUCGCUACAAAUGUAGACUAAGUAAUGGUCUCGACAAAGACACGCGACAUAGUAAAGAAGAAGCCGCAUCAUGUGCAGUCUCCGGAGGUGUUUCAAAUAAUAACCUGCUGUUUGGCUAUAACAAGUGGGUGAUGAUUGGAAUCAUUGCUGGUGGAGGAUUUCUGCUGCUGGUCCUGAUCGUGUCUCUGAUCGCCAUCUGCUGCAAGAACCAUCGCAGAAGUAAAAGGAAGCAACGGGAUGAGCAGGAGCUGCGUCUGGCCAACCUCCAGUACACCGGCACCAAUCCACGAGCGCGACCAAAACAGACUGCCCGGGGUCAACCAGUACCCCCGACUCCUGACGAGGAGGGUUACCUCCAGGGUCCAAUAGGGGAGCACAGCCCGAGCCCAGCAGCCCCUCAAGCUGCGAGACAGCCCAGGCCUCGGGCCCCGGCGCCCCCUAUGGAGGAUGACGAUGAGGCGGUACCACCAUUACCACAGCCCAGGAAGAAGGGGCCCCGACACCCGGAUUACUAAGACUCAUUUUAUUCGGCUCUCAUUUCACCACAACUCAGGUUGUACGAUGGCACUUUGCGUAUAUUUGAAUAUUGCAGGGGAGCAUGUCCAUUGCUUCAAACUCUUUUCGAUGGUGAACAGACUCAUAAUAAGUAGGACGGCAUCUCGGUCAUCGCCGGUGCAUGAUAUUGCCGAUAAUGGCCGGGUUUCCCAGAUUCAUUAAGAAGCUCUUAAGUGCUAUGAACUUCUUAGGAGCAUUCUUAGAACGUUCUUAGAGCGCUCCUAAGAAGAUCUUAGCACUUAAGAGCUUUUUAACGAAUCUGGGAAACCCGGCCCAUGUCAUUGCUGUUGCAUACCAAUAUAUAUAUAUAUAUAUAUAUAUAUAUAUAUAUACACAGUAUACUGUAUAUAUAUAUUUUAAUGUCCUUGCAUUGAAUUGGUACAUUAUUGAAGAUUAUGCUAUAAUUCUGACUAGGUUUAUACAUUGAUUUUGCCCAAUUUCUUCAGCUUGAGGGUUGGGCUACAGAUGGGGAUGCAUUUCUUUUCUUCAUUCUUCUGUACGAUUGAAGCACCAAUCAGAUCCAUUGGGCUUUAUGUUACACCAGUACAUCCAGGAACUUUGAAUUGGCUACACAUCCCUGCCUCAUUUUCUGCGAAAGCACACUGUGACUGCUAACGUCUUUCCCAUUGGAAUCAAUGAUAUAAUGCUAGCUUGCCUUCCCCCCAAAAAAGAGGCAGAUUGGGUAUAUUGGGCACUGCAGUUAAUACAAGAUGGCAGUUAAUGCAGGAUUUAUGAUUAAUGAAAAAUAGUAUAUUCUGGCUUUCUGGGGUUUAUACAUUGCAAUUCACAGUAUAUUACUGUAUUCAAAGUAAGUCAUAGUUUAUCAACAUUGAAAAGAUGUUAACAUUUUUGAUCAUGUCCAAACUAAUAAGCAGAAUUGUGUCUCUACCAGUGCUGUCGCAUGCUCAAAACUAUUAUUUUGUGUAUACCCCACCAGUAUUUUAGUCAAAAUAUGAAACCUGUGAGUUCCUUUUUAUGAUUUCUAUCUGAUGCCGAAUUAUAUUACGGUCAUGUUCUUACAUGAAUAGCAGAAAUGCUGUACAAUUACCACAUCAAAUACAUUAUUAUCUUCAACAGAAGCGCUUUAGGUUUGACAGGAAAUGGAGUGUGAAUAUGUUUAUAGAUAUUUAAUAAAUAAAUAUCAUUCAUCAAUUGUAAAA